AUGGUUGCUACCUUGUCGUCGCGCUUGUGCGGAAUCUACACUGACGUAUUUACACUUAUCGAUGAUCUCGGGAAGAGUGUGGCUGUGUGGUCGCGGGAGUGUUUCGAUGUUUUCACAAAAGUUCCCAACAGGGAACAACAGGUCAAACGACUGAUCAACUGUCUUUGCAUUGAUGUGGAUAGAUGUAAAUUCCAAGUAUAAUUGUGUUACAUCGUGAAGGGCGUAAGCAGCAAAGUGCGCAGCUGGUUGUCCGAUAAUUGAUCAUUUAAUAUCGAGCCGCCAACAUGCCGAUUUUAUUCAGUGUGGUGGCUCGUGGGCCAAUUAUAUUGGCGAAACACGCUGCAUGCACGGGAAAUUUUGAGGAAGUUACGGAAAAAAUCCUGGCUAAGAUUCCGCCACACAAUGACAAACUCACAUACUCGCAGGGGCCUUACCUUUUCCACUAUAUCUGCGAGGAUUACCUGAUUUAUAUGUGUAUUACCGAUGAUGACUUUCAAAGAUCUAGAGCGUUUUUAUAUCUCAAUGAAAUUAAGAGAAGAUUUUUAGCUGUUUAUGGUCAAGGCGCUCAAACUGCCAUGGCGUAUGCCAUGAACACAGAAUUCAGUCGGGUGUUAGCCAAUGAAAUGAAACAUUAUAGCGAAUCAAAAGAUCUGGAUAGAUUGUCCAAAGUGCACGGUGAGCUGGACGAGCUUAAGGACAUCAUGGUAAAAAAUAUUGACAAUAUAGCGAUGCGCGGCGAACGAUUAGAGCUUCUUGUACACAAAACGGAAAACUUGUCCGCUAAUUCCGUCACAUUCAGGAAGACAAGUAGAAAUUUAGCGCGCUCCUUAUUUUGGAAGAAUGUCAAGAUCUACGUUAUCGUUGGCGCUAUUUUAAUCGUUACAAUAUACAUAAUUGUCUCUAUAGCGUGUGGAGGAUUGGCUUGGCAGAAAUGUGUCGGGAAUUAAUUUACAUACCAGAAUAUGAUAGAGGAUCCGAGCAAUCGGUCGAAUAAUAUCGAUGUUGGAAUGCGGAAGGAGGAAAGAUACGCGGAAAUUUAGCAUGAGACUGACGAAGAUUAUAUUCAACGCAAAUUUAUUAUACGAAUAAUGUAGUUUUACCCGUUGUAUAACGCAAUAAGAACGUUAUAUUAAUACGUAUCUAUACAUUACACACAUAUAUUAAUACAUAUAUUACAUACAACUACGAUAAUCCGUUCAUCACAUAUAUAUUUGUAUGUAAUAUAAAUAUUAUAAUGCAUGUAUAUUACAUAAGUGUACGAUAUAUUAUUUUAUUAUUUCACUGUUCAUCAUAGUGUAGAUUAGAGCUACUUCCGGCGCUACUUUUGCGGAUUUACUUUUCUAUUUUCGCGGGUCCGGCCAUGGCAGCUUCAAUUUACGUUAUUACACUUGGUGAGACACGCACGUAUAUACACUUAUCCAGUUGUAUCUUUUACACCGUGUCAUACACAGCGUCUAUUAUUCUGUAUAUGCGUUUGUUAAUUUGAAAAGGCAAGAAUAAAACACGAUUCACAUCCACGGA